GCGCUCGCUUAGUAACCCAUUGGGUUAUGAGUUUAGGUUUCGGGGCCCCGAUACAUACCUCCACUUGUCCAGUCACGUUAUAAAUACAACAUCCCCUGCGAAUUCUUAUUUCUUUUUUCUUCCCCUGAAGAUUGUCAAUAUCUCGUUUCUCAGUUGUGCAAUCUUAGCCAUGGCUGGUGGAGGAAAUUUCAUCCAUAGGGUUAUUUCUUAUGUCGCCAAUGAAUUGAUCGUCAACGGUCUCUCCAACAGCGCUAGUUUUCAAAGAUUUGCAGUGAGGACAAAUAGGAGAAUGGAGGAUUUGUCUAAACUGGCUCAGCAGAAGAGGCAAGAAAUUGCUGAUCAGGUGAAGGAUGUCUCUAAAAACUUUGAGAUGGAAUAAUGUAUGAUGCAACUAUAAACUACAAAGAAUUAGAAGAAGUAAUUGCAAUACAACUGAGGAUAGACACGAUUUUAAAUCAAUUUGAAAGAAAGUACAUAAUAAGUGAUAGAUGUCCGCCAAUGGUCAUACACAAUGACACAAGUGUGGAGGUCCAUCUGGAACAAAAAAAGACAGUUGCUGAUUUUUUCGUAAAAUAUCCAUUGUACGUUACAACUAAGGAUAUAUUGGUCGAGCCAAUACAUCCAAAUGAAGGAGCAAUUGUUUGUAUUGGAAAACAGAGUUUUAAUGAAAGAAUUUUGAAGCGGAGAAAUCUAUUUUCAAAUGAUUGCGUUCGUUUGAUAGGCUUAAGUCCAGAUUUUGAAGAAGUUGAAGAACAUAUUGAAAUAAUUGGUGAUGCAACAAAUACUUUAGCAUGAUGGUCUCAAAAGAUCCAGGAGCUGUUCCAAAAUUUCAAAUUCAUAACCCUACAAGUCACAAAUCAAGGAUACAGUAGAUGUUUAUGUCCAACCAUGAAAUUUUUGUCGAGUUAUGACUUUUUUGAAUGUAAUAGGUUCAAACUAUUUUUGUUCAUGAAAGAUUUUGCUAAACUUUAUAAAAUAUUUCUUUUCGUUAAAGUUUGUAUCACGAUUUGAAUGUUUUGUGAAUGUUUUUUUAUUUAUA